AUGGCUUUCGCGGCCGAUGAGGCCAAGCUCGUGUCGAUAUUCAUUCAGACUCUGCUGUAUGGCGCAUACACCGUCGUUUUCAUUCUCACAUGCUGGGUCUUGCUUCAUAGGAGACGACCAGACCAGCCACGAAAUAAAAAAUCGCUCUCUAUCGUCAUCGUUAUGUUCACUCUCGCUACCAUGCACAUAUGUGUGAAUUAUACACGGAUAAUCCAAGCGUUUAUCAUUCACCGAGACGCGCUUGGAGGACCGGCAGCAUUCUUCAACGAGCUCUCGCAAUUUACACAGCUUUUCGGCACUACUAUAUACGUCGCCCAAACCCUUGUCGGCGAUGCCAUCGUAGGCCUCGUGUUCUCCAUGAUAAUAGUUCGCAUUGGUCUAGGCAUCACCUCCGUCUCCGGCCAAACACGCGCAGCAUCUACCUACCUAUCCAGAUCCGGCGAAGGAAGCUCAGGGGGACAGCCCCACUCGCUGUGGUCCUCAAACGCUAGCACUAAGAAGCAUGUCCUCUCUCGCAUACGCUUCCGACCGAUGACGCCGGAGGAUGAGAUAGAGGGCUGCGAGGUGGAGGGGAUUGAGUUGGAUGGAGGGGUGGAGGGUUUGGGUGCUAUGGAGAGUAAGGGUAGUAGGCGGGAAGAAGGAUCGAUUGCUGACGACGGGAAUCGAGAAGCAGUUCGCAGCACAGAUCUUACCUCGUCCGCGUGCAUGAAGCUCCGCAAUCGUGAAGCUGGCCAUGCAGGACGACUUCGCCAAUCUUGGGGGCUCGUUGGGCAGGAUCCUAGGCGACCGGCUCGCCGUGGACCACACUCCGGGCCUGAAGCGGCUCAUCCUUGCCGACAGUCUGACGUGCAUGGAGCUCUGGUUGCGCUCGCUGAGAUGCGCGCCGGUUUGCCGCAGGAGCUCCAAGACACGCUUCGCAAACACGAGGAAGAUGGAACCAUAAGCCCCACUGAGUAUCAGGCCGCCGUCGGCGCGUACUUCCAGCUGCAUGUUUGCCGCCUCAACCCCAUGCCGGAGGAGCUCAUAAACGCAUUCGCGGAGAUGGGCAAAGACCCCACAGUCUGCGUCGCCAUGUGA